UGAAAUUUUAAGAUGAGCAAAUAAAGUUGAGAUUAACGAUAUUUUUCUCUUAUAAAAUCGAUAAAAUUUCUUGGUACAAAAAGUCAUUAUUUCGACUUGUACAAAUUAUAAUAUAAAUUACGAUACAACUAAAUUUUUUUAUAUUUUAUUUUUGCAACAAAAUUUUAUUACUGGACUGCAUGUUAAAUAUUUUUCUAUAACUAAACACAACUAUAAUAUGUGCCCUGAUGAAACUUUUGAUGAAUAAAUGAAUCCGUGGGACCGAAUUAUAAUAAAAUGUCGCUAUGCAGAAUCAUUCAAGCUUGUAGAGUGCACCAAUCAGCUACAGUGACAGUUGUAAAUGAAACCGCAUCUAAAUUGACAGCGUUCGUUACCAUUUAUGAUGAUAUUGAUCGAUUAAUGUUUCCGUCAGGCUCCUAAAAAAUGGGAUGAAGCCUAGAUAGGAUAUUAUUUGAGAAUACAGAUUUCACAUGCAUUUCAUAUAUUUUUUUGGAUCAAAUGCCAAUUUUUCUAUCACAUAGAGUAUCACAUUAAAGUAGUCGACUCACGUCUCGAUAGAGGAAUUUUCUUCCUCUCUCAUAAGUAUUGCCACACGUAGACGAACCGAUAUGUAAUAUGUCGCGUACGCAUGUACACAUGUGUCUAUUUAUAAAUGUGCUCUAUAAGCACGUGUUUGUUAUAUGUAAAAGAAAGAACUACGUCGUUUCAGUGUCGGAGUUACAUGAUGCACUGCUGCGCCGUUUAAGCUGUUGUGUGAAAAAAUACAUAGUGAAGCUAUUACAUUUAAGUAAAAAUAACUUGUAGCUAUAUACACACACAUACACACAUGCACACACAAGAAAUUUGGUAUAGGUAUAAUUUUUGAGAAAAUUAUACCUAUUAUUUCUGUUUUCUUACAGCACCACAAAUGCUGUUUUAUUUUGUCUUUUUAUUUACAAUUGAUAAAAUGUUUUAAACUUUUUUAUUUUUGUGAAAUUAAAAAUAUUUUUCAUAUAGCGAUUUGAAUAAACGAAGCAGUGCACUGUGCAGUUCUGCUCGUUAUCAUAGAUUUACCGCCGAAGUCACAAUGGCCGCGGCAGUUCGAGCAAUGCGAAAGGAUUUUGAGUAAAGUUUAAAAGUUGAAAAUUUUGACUUGAUAAAAAUGGUGAGAUUGCACGUGAAGAAAGGUGACGACAGCCAAUUUUUAUAUGAUACCGAUUUGGAGGCGAAUGUGGACAAUGUUAUAUGUGACAUCGUAGUGAUUUACAAUGGUCGUUUGAAGAUUUCAAGAAUUUGUUAUGAGAUCGAGGAGCUGGCUAAGCACGGCGUAAUGUUACCACCUGACAUAAUGGGCCUCACGGACGAUCAGGUCGAGGAGCUCAAGCUCAAGGACGAAUGGGCAGACAAGUGCGUGCCUAUGGGCGGUUGGACUUUCAACAAAGACAAGAUCGGUCGCAGAAAUGGCAGACAACCAAACGAAAAGAUGCAGGAGGUGCUAAAAAAAACUAUUGAGGAUGCACGUACCAUGACAUCGAAAAAAUUAGUGCAACAAGAGAAACUGGUUACUCAAAAGACAGUUCAAGAAGCUCUGGAUUUGUUAAGAGGCGCCGUGAUGAUUGUUUAUCCGAUGGGACUUCCACUACACGAUGUGAUCCGUAAAGAGUUUGAGAAUACUGAAGAUCUCACUGGUACUCAAGCUUCUCUCGAGGUAAUCGAUAUGCAACUGGCUCAAUUAUGGUUCUCCGGAAAGGAGUUAUUACCUGGGAAGAAGAUGAAGGACUUUGUAGGUAAUAACGAGAAAACCAAAGUGAUCGUGAAACUACAAAAGAGAGGAUCUGGAAAACCAGCGAGGGAGCCAUUAAUGUCAGAAGAUGAACGAAAACAAUUAAUGUUGCACGCGUAUCGUCGUCAAGAACAGCUGAAGAAACUUGAACAAGACGAUGACGACGAGUAUCUCAACUCCCCCUGGGCCGACGGCAGCAGUUUGAAGCGACAUUUUCAAGGUCUGAAUAAUAUCUCGUGGAGACCACAUUAGGCGAUAAUUCAUCGCCGUCCGUAAAGAAGCAAAGACGUUGGCCGAAGAAGCUUUUUUGAAUCGAGGAAGGAUGAGGAAGAGGAGCAAGUUAUCUCUCUGUCUCAGGAUCGAUUAAAAUCCACCCUCGCGAUUCACAGAGUGAACCAGAGGCAAACUCGGUACUUUUUCGAGACAUUCGUACGCGAUUACACGGUAAUUCAAGGAAACCUUUGACGAAUCUGCCAUUUCUCUAUUGUAAAAAUCUGUCCCCAUUACAAGCGCCGACUACUACGUAACUUGCAGUUACGAUAUUUCGCGACGUACUUUUUCCUACUCGAUAAUAGCUCAAUAAUUGCGAAGUCGCGCGUAUAACUCUGUCGCAACUCAUGCCAGAGAGACAGCAGUCCCUCUUAAACGCGGUAUCUUUAGUGCGAUGCUCGUAUGCGUCAGAAAAGUUCUUCAUUUCUUGCAAAUGUUUAGAAGUUGGUGGCGCAGUCGUUAUACCGCCCGCCAAAAUUGAUUUACCUCGAUGCCUUCUUCGUAGCUUGUCUAAGUACGAUUCGCGAUCCGAAAUCAAUUCGCGAAUCCCGUGCCUGUAUAUCGCAUCCUUGUAAACGAAGAAUCUGUCCUUACUGUCGUAUACGUAGCAUUCAGGAUACACCGUAUAUUUUUAAACGAUUUUCCACGAUAGUGGAUAUCCGCAAUGGUAGAUGAUCGUUUUACAUAAAGAAAAAAUAAAUCGAUCGCUUUGAAAAUGGCGGAAGUCUUAAAAGAAAUUAAAGUCUGCACUAUUCUCGAAUUAUAGAAAAAUGUGUAAUGAUUAAGUUAUAAAUUUAUAUGUAAUAAGCGAUACAUUUUCAACGGCGGAUUAUAAAUUUGCCUGUGUUUUUGGAAUGUACGUCUUCAUCCAUGCGGCAAAUUGCGGACUUUAAAGAAGCUUAUUUUUUACACGUAAGCUUAAACGUAAGCGAUAAAUGUUUUCUGUCUCGCAGCUCUCUCUCUCUCUCUAUGCUCAUUAACUGAUUGAAUCUCAAAGUUAUUGGACUCGUGUCAUUCUCAAAACGAUUGAUACAAAUUUGCAACGAAGCGCAUACCGAGUACACACUUUCUCUGGUUCAUUCAACGAUACGAACGGAACGUCCAUCUAGGGAAUGCAGAGGAGGAAAAAACGCGUGGCGAGGUUCUAUUCGCGGCAUCACGCGCUGUAUAUUAAAGUCACGAGUUUAUAUAGUUAUGAACUUAAAGAACUUAUCAGUAAAACUAUGAGCUAAAUACCGUUAAACGCUACGAGUAUUAUCAGGUAAUUCGCUUGCUGUGUGAUCAUGAUGCGUCCACUCGCGUGCGUCGUUAGACACUUUUAUCAAACACACCGACAACAUCACGUCCGUUCCACUUUUAUCUGGCGACACGCUUUUGCAAAUAAAAAAAUGCGCGAUUCGCAAGUGUCCACCCCUCCCCCCCCCGCAUCCCGUUGCGGUCUCGUCCAUGUACUAUGAUAUCCACAUGCACAAAUGCACAAAUUCUAACGGUUUUCAGGUACCUGACCGACACGUACGAAGAAAUGUAGGUAAUCGCGAAUCUUACAAUUGCUACAUAUGCGCAUUUAAAUCGAUACAAGUGCACAAGGCGAAGGAACGUUCGAUAUAUAACGGAGAGCUUUUCUCGAGAAAAAUCCGAGAUAUGGCCUGUUGUUUUUAGGUGCGCUUUCUGCAUUCAAACGAGGCAAAUUAUACGCUAUUCCUUCAGGAAGAAAUUAAGAAAAAAGAAAACAGGUGUUAAGAGCAUAAUUAAAAAGA